AUGUCAGAUAUGAUUAAUGAUGCUUUUGGGAUGCACUCUGAUUUUGAACAAGGAGAAAAUGUAGAAGAAGCUCCUAAUGAAGAAGCAAACAUCUUUUAUGAACAAUUGCGUGAUUGUAGUAGUCCUUUGUUCAACGGGAGUCAACACUCUAAAUUGUCUGUUGCAGUUAGAUUGUUAAGUAUCAAAUCUGACAAUAAUAUUUCUCAAGGAGCAAUGGACUCUAUGAUAGAACUUAUGAAGGAAUUAGUUGAUCCCAAUGUAGAGAUUUCUGAUUCUUAUUAUAAAGCAAAUGCAUUGGUGUCUAAGUUAGGACUCUCCUCGAUAAGAAUUGAUUGUUGUGAAAAAGGUUGCAUGUUAUACUAUAAGGAGGAUGUCAAUCUAGAGUCUUGUAAGUUUUGUAGUCACCCUCGCUAUAAGAUUGGUUCUACCGGAAAGAAACUUGCUAUUAAGGUGAUGCACUAUUUACCUCUUAUACCAAGAUUGAAAAAGUUGUAUGCAUCAAAUAGCUCUGCUCCUCAUAUGAAAUGGGAUCGUGAAAAUAGAAGGCCACCUGGUGUCAAGUGUCAUCCAUCUGACGGAGAGGCUUGGAAACAUUUUGAUAGAACUUAUCCAGAUUUUGCUGCUGAACUAAGGAAUGUUAGGCUGGGCUUGUGUGCGGAUGGUUUCACCCCCUUUUCAGUUGGGGCUACACCAUAUUCUUGUUGGCCUGUGUUUAUUACACCGUAUAAUCUUCCACCUGAGAUGUGUAUGACAAGUCCAUAUAUAUUUCUGAAUUGUGUCAUUCCUGGUCCGAGUAAUCCUAAAAGCAAGAUUGAUGUGUACUUACAACCUUUGAUUGAUGAGUUGAAAUUGUUGUGGUUUGAGGGGGUAGAAACAUGGGACAUUUCUUGUAAACAAAAUUUCAACAUGCGUGUUACUUUAAUGUGGACUAUUAAUGAUUUUCCUGCCUAUGGAAUGCUAUCUGGAUGGAUGACAGCUGGAAAGUUAGCAUGUCCCUACUGUAUGGAAGAUACUAAAUCAUUCACAUUAAAACAUGGCCGAAAGAAUUCAUGGUUUGAUUGUCAUCGUCGGUUCUUUCCACCUGAUUAUGAGUUUAGGAGAAAGAAAUAUGCAUUUAAAAAGAAUAAAACUGAACGAGAUGGUCCACCCCCAAUAUUAACGGGUGAUGAUAUUUGGGAAAGGGUUCAAAAUUUUCCAAAGGUAACUGAGGAACCACCGUACAAAUUUGAUGGGUAUGGUGUUGCACAUAAUUGGACUAAACAGAGUAUAUUCUGGGAGUUACCUUAUUGGAAGGAUAAUUUGCUUAGACAUAAUCUCGAUGUCAUGCAUAUUGAAAAGAAUUAUUUUGAUAAUCUGUUCAACACUGUAAUGGAUGUAACUGGCAAGACAAAAGAUAAUGUUAAGGCUAGACUUGACUUACCAGAACAUUGUAGACGACCGGAGUUGCAUUUACAGGAGUCUGCCAACAACAAGUUACUUAAGCCCAAGGCUAGUUAUUCAUUCACAAUGGAACAAAAGAGAAAAAUUUGUGAGUGGGUGGAAAGCUUGAAAAUGCCAGAUGGAUAUGCCUCAAAUUUGGGAAAGAAGGUUGACAUUGAGCGUGGAAUAUUGCAUGGGAUGAAAAGUCACGACUGUCAUGUUUUUAUGGAACAAUUACUUCCGAUUGCUUUUUGUGGAUUGCCUGAAAACAUAUGGAAACCGAUGGCAGAAAUCAGUUUGUUCUUCAAAGACUUGUGUUCCAGCACAUUGAGAGUAGAGAAUCUGGUUCGGAUGGCCAAAAAUAUAGUUGUUAUUAGUAAUAAGUUGGAGAAGAUUCUUCCACCUGGGUUCUUUGAUGUGAUGGAACAUCUUCCUAUUCACCUUGUUCAUGAAGCUCUAUUGGGAGGUCCAGUUCAAUAUAGGUGGAUGUAUCCUUUUGAGCGGAGCAUUGGCAAGUCUAAAAGGGGUAUUAAGAAUAAACAUAGGGUGGAGGGCUGUAUGGCUCAAGUAUAUCUAGCUAAAGAAAGAUCCCACUUUUGUUCUUACUACUUUGAUGAUUAUGUGUCGUGUUUGAGAAACAGACCUAAUCGACAUGAUGUUACUGGGAAUGAUCCUGCAGUACAAUCAUUAUCAAUCUUCAACCAACCGGGUAAGGGUUCAAAAAAGCGUACAUUGCACAAACUUACCGAAAAGGAGAAAAAAUCUGCAGAGCUUCAUGUCUUGUUGAAUUGUCCAGAAGUCCAACCCUUCUUAGAUUAUUUUGUGAGCCAAUAUGGUGAUGAUCAAGUGUUUCCAUCAUUUAUAACGUGGUAUACUAAUUGGGUCUACAAUUCAGAAAAUGCUGCCACAUUUGAUCAAUUUUUCAAGGAUAUUUCUUGGGGACCGAUUACAGUUCACACAAUGUCCCAAUAUAACGUAAAUGGUUUUAAAUUUGCCACAGAGAAAUACUCAAAGAAUAAGAAAACUAAUAAUAGUGGUGUUUGGGUUAAAGGUGAUAAUGGAAAUCAAAAUGAGAAUGUUGAUUAUUUUGGCGUCCUACAGGAGAUUGUAGAGUUGGAGUAUUCGGGUUGGCCAAUCAAAAGAAUAGUACUUUUCCAAUGCAAGUGGUUUGAUCCAACUUCAAGAGGUACGAGGGAUCUUAAGCAAUAUAAUAUCAUUGAAGUCAAGCACACUAGGAAGUAUGAGGCUUAUGAUCCUUUUAUUAUUGCACAAAAUGCUAAGCAAGUGUACUAUGCUCCUUAUCUGUUGCGUAGGGAUAAGUCUGAUUGGUGA